AUGGUACUGCAGACUCACCUGGUGGAGGACUAUGAUACUGCAGUGCAGACUCACCUGGUGGAGGACGAUGGUACUGCAGACACACCUGGUGAAGGACAGUGGUACUGCAAACUCACCUGGUGGAGGACACAGACUCACCUUGUGGAGGACGGUGGUACUAUGGAGAACUCCUCGUCCUUCCUGUUUGAGCUCUCUGGUCUGGAUGUGUCUGUGUCUCAGCGCCAUGUUUACGUGGGCUUGGCGUUGUGGUCGUACGGCGUGACCUUGUUGUUUAACGUGCUGCUGGUGGUGGCGGUGGCGGUGCAGAAGGCGCUGCAUCAGCCCAUGUACGUGUUCAUUGCUAACGUGUGCGUGAACGGCAUGUUUGGCGCCUCCAGCUUCUACCCCAAACUGGUGCACGACCUUCUGCGCGGCCUCGGCACCGUGACGUACAGCGGCUGCAUCGUGCAGAUGUGCGCCAUCUACACCUACGUGUUCUGUGAGUUUACCAGCCUCACUGUCAUGGCGCUGGACCGUUACCUCGCCAUCUGUCGCCCGCUGAGCUACCACAGCGUGAUGACGCGGCGCACGCUAGUGCAGCUGCUGGCGCUGACCUGGGCGCUGGCGCUGUUGGAGACGAUGACGGGGGCGGUGCUGACCACGCGGCUGCCGCUGUGCGGGACGCGGCUGUCCAAGUUCUUCUGCACAAACUGGGAAGUGGUGAAGCUGUCGUGCAGCGACACCACGGCCAACAACAUCUUCAGCUACGUGCUGCUGCUGUGGCAAGUGCUGCAGACGGCGCUCAUCGUGGGCUCGUAUGUGGGGCUGGUGCGCGCCGCGCUGCGCUCUCAGGCCGACCGCAGCAGGGUCUUGCAGACGUGUGUGCCGCACCUGCUGGUGCUGCUACUGUUUCUCGUCUCCAACACCUUUGACUUCAUGUUCUCCAGGUACGGAGUCGGCGUGGUGGGCACCGCGCUCAGCAACGUGCUUGCCGCAGAGUUCCUGGUGGUGCCGCCGCUGCUGAACCCGGUCAUCUACGGCAUCAAGAUGCAGCAGAUCCGAUCGCCCAUCACCGCGCUGCUGCACCGGCUGUUCAGGCGCACAGAGGCCGCACGCUGA